AUGUUCGAAGAUACCAAUAUUUUACGUAGAAGAUUCAAUAAUCCUUAUGAACAAAAUACAAAUAAUACUUUACAAAAUACGAGUUCUUUGCGUUGCAAAGAUACGGAAUGUUUGAAAGUCUCUCAAGUCAAUAUAGAUGCUACAACCUUACGGAAUACUUUGGAUGAAGUUAAUUUGUCUGAAAUGACUUCUUCAGGACUAAAAGGUUCAGGCAUAAGAAACCAGAUUAUUGCUCAGCAAAAUAAGGUUCUACCACAUAUAGAACCUCGAAAACAGGAAAUGGAAUUAGGCAUAAACGAUUUACUCGAGUAUGAUGUUGAAAACAGUUAUCGAAAAAGUGAACAAACGCUGAUUGUAGAUGCUGUCGCAGAAUUAAAAGAAAUAAUUUCUAAUUCACAAUAUUUAUACACAUCUUUAAAGUGUCAAAAUGAUGAUGUCAGUUUAUCUUCACCUGCUUGUGUACCUUCUCAGGUUUGGAUGAAUUACAAUAAUGUCAGAAAGAAAUUUAAUCGAGGAAUAUCAUCUCCAAUCUUAAGACCCCAAAAUCCAAUUCCCUAUCAUGAGUCCUUUAUGAAUCAUGAUGAAAAUGAUGAAGAUACAUUAUUUCCUGAUCAAAUCUUUCUUCUGGAACAAAAUUGA